AUGAUAAAAGCAGCUAUCAAUCGGGUCAGGAACCGAUUCUUGAGUCCUGCUAGUAAGCCCAGCGCCGAGAAAUUUAAUGUGGUAACUGAGGGCAAAGGACACAUCUUGUUCCCCGAGAAAGAGACGGUUUUCUACAAUCCGAUCCAGCAGUUCAACAGAGAUCUGAGCGUCACUUGUAUCAAGGCGUGGGACAACUUGUAUGGUCAGCCCAAGCAGGAGCAGGCCCGGGCUAGAAAACAAAACAAAAAACGCACAUCCGAAGGACGGUCGCAGGAAAGCUCCAAGAAACGUAAGCUCAGCGAUGGAAGUGAAGAAACUGUCAAGCACCAGCAACAACCGAGGUCUUACAUUCGGAUUCUAGAGGCCCUGUCGGCCACGGGGCUUCGUGCCAUCAGAUACGCGCACGAAAUUCCACAUGUGAAGGAAAUAGUGGCCAAUGAUCUGCUUCCUGCAGCAGUGGAAGCGAUUCAAAGAAACGUGGACCACAACGGAGUGGGACAUCUGGUGAAACCCAACAUUGACGACGCCAAUGUGCUGAUGUACCGCAACAAGGCACAGCAUAAGCGGUACCACGUCAUAGAUCUGGACCCUUACGGCACGGUGACGCCGUUCGUGGACGCUGCAUUGCAGAACAUCGAGGACGACGGGCUGAUGUUGGUCACUUGUACAGAUUUGUCGGUGUUGGCGGGGAACGGGUACCCUGAGAAGUGUUUUGCGCUAUACGGCGGUGUGAACAUGGCCGGGCACGAUGCGACGCACGAAAGUGCGCUUCGAUUGGUGCUGAAUCUUUUGGGCCAGAGUGCGGCCAAGUACCGCAAGAGCAUCGAGCCCGUUUUGUCGCUGAGCAUCGACUUCUACGUGCGGGUGUUUGUGAAGGUGAGAACGAACCCACUCGAGGUCAAAAACCUGCAAAACAACACCAUGAUCACAUACAUGUGCAGCGGGUGUGGUGCGUACCACAACCAGCGUAUGGGUCGCCAGAGCGAACGCGAAACCAAAAAGGGCAACAAGUUCGUGAAGUACUCGCUGGCGCAGGGACCGCCUGUGAGCCAAAGAUGUCCGCACUGCGGAGGAGCACACCAUUUGACGGGCCCCAUGUACGCAGGCCCGCUGCACAACAAAGAGUUUAUCCAAGAAGUGUUGCGGAUCAACCGCGAGGAACACACAGACGAGGUUUACAAGACCCGGAAGCGGAUCGAGGGGAUGUUGACGCUGGCACAGAAUGAACUAGACACGCCGUUCUACUUUACGCCCAACCGAGUUUCGUCGAUUUUGAAGUUCCAAGUGCCCAGUCUAAAGACAGUGGUGGCUGGUCUUGGGUCUCUAGGGUAUGCCAGCUCUCUCACACACGCGCAGCCGUCGUCGCUGAAGACCGAUGCGCCCUGGGACGCCAUUUGGUACGUAAUGAAGCGUUACUGCGAGGAUAACAAGCUGUGCAAUUUGGAGAAGAUGAAUGCGAACUCGUUCGGCUACAAGAUCUUGACGAAUGCUAGGAUUGGUCGUGAUGGCGAUAACAACGAGAAACUGAGCUUUGCGCCCAACGACGAGAGCGCUCGGGUCGAGAACCUGCGCAAACUGAAGAUCGUGCGGUUCCAGGAGAAUCCGGAGCGCAACUGGGGGCCCAAGGCGCGGCCAACAUAG